AGUCGGAGGAUGAGCUGGACCGAGAGGCGGYGCAGAAUCCUGAAUCUGAGAACAGAUCCGUGUCUGCUGCCAUGAGACCUCAGCCCACUGAAUACGACAAGUCAUUCCAGUGUCUUCAGCUCCAGCCUCCCUCAGUGAAACCAAAACCUUGUCUGUUUGUUUGGAGCCAGUUUGAAGAUCACUGCUUUCGUUUAUUUCAGGCUAACUGGCUGAGCAAGAUGGCCGACAGGCUGGAAAUUGGUCUCGAUGAGGUGGAACGACUCUUAAGGAGGCCGAAGAGUAAAGCAAAGGAGCGUUUGGUUGAGGUGCUGCUGGAACUGCUCGCAAGCUGCAAACAGUUCAGUGCUUUUUCAGAGAAGAGAUCUCAGUCUCGGCCCAACAGCCUGGAUAAAUGUAGGAAGGGGUUCAUUAAGAAGAACUUGGUCCUGGUCGCCAGACAGGCGGUCAGGGCCAGGAGGAGAAUGACGAGAAAAAACGCCCAACAGCGCUUGACGAACAGCAGGAAAAUUCUAAAGAAGCUCCGCCUCCUGGCUGCUGAGCCUCAGAGCACCAUCCCCGACGCCUUCCUCUGGUUGCUCUGUGGAAACAAGCGACUGGCGUACGUCAGGAUCCCUGCCCACUCCAUCCUCUUCUCAUUGGUGGAGGAUCAAAAGGGGCGGGACUGUGGCCGCAUCACCACGCUCUACAUGAAGUCUCCGGGAUAUUCAGCAACUGAGAUCUUUGCAAAGCUGGAGGUCUACCUGUGGCUCGGUCCCGUCAAGUACAGCAAAGAGGCCAUCAACAGCCUGCCAGAGGAGUUUACACCUGUGUACGAGGAGGAGGAGGAGGAAGCACAGAGGAGUCUUCUUCCUGUGGGGGAGAGGAGGACGUUUCCCGUCAGACUGUUCUGUGAGGACAGCAGGUACUUCCAGUUACGGUGUCACCUGUAUCAGGGGCGUGGCCUGAUGGCUGCAGACGAUGACGGCCUGUCGGAUCCUUUUGCGAAGGUGGUCUUCUCGACACAGUGCCAGGUCACCAGGGUGUUGUCGGACACCCUCUCCCCCUCCUGGAACGAGUGCUUGUUGUUUGACAGGGUUCUGCUGGAAGGAACAAAAGAGCAGCUUCAACAAGACCCGCCCCUCAUCAUCAUCAACGUCUACGACCACGACAACAUGGGCGCUCCGAAGCCUCUGGGUCGAGCCUUCGCUGAGCCGGAGUUUAAAACCGUGGAGCAGUUCUAUGAAAAACCCCGCCUGCGAUUUUAUGACAUCAACAGGGGAAGGGUUCCUGCCGGGGAGCUGCUGGCUGCCUUUGAGCUCAUCGAGCUCGACUACUCCAGAUUUGGAGAGCCCCGUCUCCCCAUCAGCGUGGACCCUCAGGACUUGACCUACGAUGAGGAGCAGAGAUCUUACAUCAUCCCAGAGGGAGUCCGACCGGUUCUGAAGACCUUUAGGAUCGAGGUUCUGUUCUGGGGUCUGCGGGAUCUGAGGCGGGUGCACCUGUUCGAGGUGGAGCGUCCCCUGGUGAGGGUGGAGUGUGCGGGGAAUCAGCUGGAGUCCGAGGAGAUCCAGAGCUACAAGGCCAACCCAAACUUUAAAGAAGUGGUCCGCUACAUUGACGUGGAGCUGCCGGAGCAGUCCUACCUCCACCCUCCUCUGACGGUGUUUGUGGUGGAGCACCGGGCGUUUGGUCAGCUGGCUUUGGUUGGGUCCCAUGUGGUCCAGAACCUCAUGGACUACGCACCGCAUGAGCUUGAGGGGGAGGCAGAGGAGGAAGAAGAGCCAAAACCAAAGGUAAGGCAGAAUUCAAUGAAGAUCAACCCUCUGACGUCCGUGCAGAGUAUCGGGCUCAGCGGCCUGUCAGUCACGCAGUCCAAGAUUCCCAUCAACCCCUUAAAGAUGGUGAAUGCACCACUGAAGAAGCUGAAUAAGCUUCGAGGGGAGGAGCUGGAGGAAGAGGAGCCUGAGAAGGAGGAGCUGGACUGGUGGUCCAAGUACUACGCCUCACUGGAGGAGCAGGAAAAGCAGGCUGCUGAGAAAGAGCAGAUGGACGAACAAGCAGAGACAGAUGGAGCUAAUCUGUCCAUGGCGAACAUAGAAGAGGAGGAGGAGGAAGCUGUGGUGGUUGAACUCGAGCCGCCAAAACGCAAGAAGAUCGCCACGCUGAAGCUGUAUGACGGCGACCUGGAGUCGGAGUUCAGACAGUUUCAGGACUGGCUGAAGACCUUUCCUCUCUAUAAGGGAAGAGCAAUCUCUGACGACGAUGAUGAUGAUGACCAGGACAGGCAGAUGGGGAAAUAUAAAGGUUCCUUCCUGGUUUACCCCAUCGAUCCAGAAGACAAAGAGGACCUCAUGUGUCAGAUCACAAACGGAAUCCCCAAAAACUCUCCAAUAAAAAUUUUAGUCAGAGUUUACAUCGUCAAGGCCACCAGUCUGGCUCCUACAGACCCAAACGGUAAGGCCGACCCAUAUCUKAUAAUCAAGGUGGGAGAACAAUGUCUGGACUCCAAAGAUCGAUACAUCCCCAAACAGCUCAACCCAACGUUUGGAGAGGUGUUUGAACUCACGGUGUCGUUUCCCCUGGAGACAGAGUUGGUCAUCAUGGUUAUGGACCAUGAUCUCAUCGGAUCGGAUGAUGUUAUCGGCGAGACCCGGGUUGACUUGGAGAACCGGUUCUACAGCCGACAUCUGGCUUCCUGUGGUCUUGCUCUUUACUAUGAUACUGACGGUUACAAUAAGUGGCGUGAUGCAAAGAAGCCGUCGACGAUCCUGACUGAGCUCUGCAGGAAGAACGGGAUCCCGUCUCCAGAGUUCAGAACAUCUGAAGUGAAAGUACUCAACAAGAUCUUUAAAAUACCACCAGAUGCUAUACCUGAAGGGCUGUUGAAGAAGAACCAGCGGUCUCCAGAGGAUGAGGCAGAGAUAGAGGAGCAUUCAGCCCUGAGUGUGCUGCAGCGCUGGGGCGAGAUGAGAGAGUUCCUCCCUGGAGCCGUUUCUUUGGUCCCAGAACAUGUGGAGAUCCGGUCUCUGCAGAACCAGGACAGUCCUGGACUUCCACAGGGUUACCUUCAUAUGUGGGUAGACAUGUUUCCCACUGAUGUCCCAGCCCCGCCCGCUGUUGACAUAAAGCCCCGCCUACCUGAGCAAUACGAGCUGCGAGUGAUCAUCUGGAACACGGACGACGUGUUUCUGGACGACGUCAACCCGUUCACAGGCGACCCGUCCUCCGACAUCUACGUCAAAGGCUGGAUAAAAGGGCUGGAYGGAGACAAACAGGAGACUGAUGUCCACUUCAACUCCCUGACUGGAGAAGGAAACUUUAACUGGAGAUUUAUUUUCCGCUUUGACUACCUUCCUACUGAGAAAGAGGUGGUGUAUAAAAAGAAGGAGUCUAUCUUUUCUCUGGAAGAGUCUGAGUUUCGUCAGCCGGCUGUUCUGUCCCUUCAGGUCUGGGACUAUGAUCGUAUCGGAGCCAAUGACUUCCUAGGCUCCAUAGAGCUUUCUCUCAGUAACAUGGUUCGACCUGCGAAAACAGCCAACAAGUGCACGAUUGAGAUGGCGAAGGACUUCGCCAGCCCUCGCUUCUCCAUCUUCCGCGCCAAAAAGAUGAAGGGCUGGUGGCCGCUGAUCCGCCUGAAGACAGCCGAGGACUUCGAGCGCGAGGAGAAGGAGCGACAGGAGACCAUGAAGAAGGGAAGCAAGAAAAAAAAGAAGAGCAAAGACAAGAGGAGCAAGCUGAGAGAAGAGGACAUCCAGUACACCGACAACUUGGGCAACACUUUCCUCUUAAUGGGGAAGGUGGAGGCGGAGCUUCAACUGGUGGCUUUAGAGCAAGCRGAGGCCAACCCUGUGGGACGAGCACGGAAAGAGCCGGAGCCUCUAGACAAGCCAAAUCGUCCAACCACCAGCUUCAACUGGUUCAUCAACCCAAUGAAGACCUUCAUCUUCCUCAUCUGGAAGAACUACAAGAAGUACAUCAUAGCUCUGGUCAUCCUCAUCAUCUUGACGCUCUUCCUGGUUCUCAUCAUCUACACGCUGCCGGGGCAAAUCAGCUCCCUCAUCGUCAAAGGAUGAAGAAACGUCUUUGUCCUCUCAUGCUGACUGAUCGAACACUUUCUCUGUCUGUCGUCCAUUGUAGAUAUUAAUGAAGGAUUUAUUUUUGUGCUGGAUUAGUCCAUGACUAGAGGAAAUUGUUUGUCACUGCUUACCUCAGAUUUAUAAAUUUUAAUAAUUAUUAUAAACAUACAGUUUAUUUUACUAUAACCUGAUGAAUCAUCAYCUUUUCUAAACUGAAGCAGUAGAAGUUAAUUCUAGGUGUGCUUUUGUUCAUGUUUAUAUUCAGAAAAAUAAAAAUAUCCACAUCAGCCUACAUUAAAACAAGUUCAUUUUGCUUUAAUGACCAUCAAGGAGCCAUAUUUUAGGGCUCACUUCUUUUGUUCUUCACUGAGAAGACACUUCUUUGUGUGUUUUGUUGAUUUAAAGGGCACUCAUUGUGUUUUCUCAUAAGUAUGGGCACCAUGAUUGUACUGAAAAGGCACCCAGUGAUGCACGUUUGUACAGUAAUUAUUAUACUUUUUAUUGCUUUGCUUAAUUUAUUUCUGUAUUGUUACACCAACUCCCAUCCUCCAUUUCUCCAUAGAAGGAAAACUCAUUCACUAAAUUACAUCUUCUUUAAUGGUUUUAUCUUUUUUUUUUAUCUUUUUUUACAGUAAGCUGCAGCAUACAAUAGGAAACUUCAAUAAUGGAGCUGCUUUGUAUCUUUUUUCCUGUUUUUCUAUGUGUGACCUUUAAAAGAAGCUGACAUAGGAAAAGGUGAAAAGAGUUCAGCUAAAAGCAGGAAUACAGUUAGUCUUUGUGCCACAGGAAGCUACAAACAGUUUGUUUACUGUGGAGAAGUUUACGCUGAUUGUUUCCUGCUGAUGCUCAGUCAUGUCGAUGCAAGUUUAUUGGGCUCUUUUCCUCAGACACUAAGGAAAUGAUGUCAAGGGAUGAUUAUAAAUUAUUUCCGUCAUUAGCUGCUUUUAUUUUUUUAAAGCCCCCRUUCUAUUAAUCUGUAGCUUUCUGAGUUGACUUAUUCACUUAUGAAGAGGUUUAUAAAUGAAAUAAGUGCAGAUUUUUUUAUUUUCAUUUUUUUUAUUAUCAGUGUGAUUUUUGUCUAUGGUGUCUAAAUCCUGACAGAGUAGUGGGUGUUUUUGUCGAACCUUAGAAAUAAUUUUGUAAUUUCACGCCGUAUGCUCAGAGGAUGAGUUGGGAAUGAAUCUCAGCUUCUACCACACCAAAUAUUUGCUCAGUAUCUGUAAAAGUAAGUGAAUUAAAGUCAUUUUGUGUCGA